AUGUCCUUCAGCAUCCGGUCCGCCCUCGUUUCUGCCUUCCUGCUCGUGGCGUCAGUUCAGCAAGGCUUGGCUGUCUGCUCUUCGGGUCAAAUGGCUGUCGGUACUGAAUUUCUUGAAGAGUUCACUGGUCCUUCUGCCACCUUCAAUGAAUACAGCGGCUUCUUGAUGUCAAACAACUGCAACCUCAUCGCACAGAACGGCCUCACGCAGGCUACGGACCAGAUGUGCAAGGGUGGAUACGACGGGGGUGCCUCGGUUACGUGCGACAGCAGCGGAAACCCUACCGCUGCCGUUGAUACACAGGGUCAUAGUUGGACAUGCUCUUCGACGAAUGACGACAGCUGUGAUGUCGGAGGCUCUGGAGGAAGAUUCACGGUCCUGGCUUGCUGCAACCGUAGUUAGAUGCAAUGCCGUAACCUAAAGGUUGCACGACACUUUACUCCGCACUCGUCAUCUCGCCCUCUUUUCUUUUCUACCUUUCUCUUUUCGACCUUUCUCUUUUCGACUGUCGUGUCUCGUUUCUUCCUUUUGCAUCUUC